AUGAAAUUCGAGAACUUAAAAGCAACUCGAAGUGGGAAUAAAGUAUGGAAAGAUUCGUGUGGUCCAGCAUGGUUUAAUCUUCUUCGUGGAUUGAAUAGCAAGGAAAUGCUUCAAAAAUUGUCCUUAGAUGAACCUUUAGUUAUGCAUUACUUGCUUUAUCUAGCAGGAUGCAGGUAA